UACAGUAUAGUAGCCUACAUACAGUAUUUGUAUUAAUGGCUUUGAAUAAAGUAUCCAAGACCGCCCUCACGUGGUUGAUUACACACGUCGUAGUGGCCUGAAAAAGCAACAUUGGAGUGUGAUGCUGUCAACCUCUAUUGCGAUCUCAGAGCCGAGGAUCCACACGGUGAACUGCGUGUCGGGACCAGAGAGAGAACCAACCGAACAGGCUUCUGUCAUCCUUCUCAUUCCGUCCAAGCCCCGGCUGAAGUCCGACGCGGUGUGAACUUUGAACUCUGCUGAGGUGAUCUGACAGGAUUAGACAGACAAACAGCCAGACAGACUCAGACAGACUGUCCUCUAGCUGCCACCAUGGGCUCCCUAGCCACCACUGCCACCCUGCUUUCCUUACUGCUACUGGGAGCUGUGACGGCCAGACUAGACACUAAAAACACCAAGACAGUGUUCCUGGACAAGCAGGAGGCCAGUGAAGUAAUCACCUUAUCCCGCCAGAAGAGGGCCAACGUGGGCAACGAGGAGAGCCUGCUCCCUGCCAACCUGGAGAGGGAGUGUCUGGAGGAGGUCUGCAACUACGAGGAGGCCAGGGAGAUCUUCCAGGACUCCUACCGCACGGAUAUCUUCUGGUCAGUCUACAUAGAUGGGGACCAGUGUGCAGAGAAGCCGUGUAAGAAUGGAGCCAUGUGCUCAGACAGCGUGGGGGGAUACGACUGUGUCUGCAAGUCAGGCUUCUUUGGAGUCCACUGUGAGACAGAUCAGACAGUGUGUAUGUUGGACAAGACCAAGGGCUGCAGUCAGUUCUGUAAGCCAGGAUACCAGUCCUAUGAGUGUUCCUGUGCCCGUGGCUGGAAACUAGAGGAGAAGGAGAGGGUGAAGUGUGUUCCUGCAGUGACAUUCCCCUGUGGGAAGGUGAGCAGCCUAAGCCAGUGGACAAAGAGACAGUCAACCAACAUCGCCAGCAACUUUGAGGGACUAGCCUGCAACUCUGGAGAGUGUCCCUGGCAGGCCAUUCUGAAGAGUACAGAGUCUGUAGGGUUCUGUAGUGGUGUCAUUCUGAAGGAGAACCUGGUUCUAACUACAGCCCAGUGUGCCCAGAAAUACGUCAACUUCCAGGUGGCUGUCGGCAAGCGCCUAACCGCAUCUGAAGAUGGCGAACAGACGCUCUAUGUCCAAGUCGUCCACGUCCACCCCCGCUACGUACCCGGUCGCCCUGACAACGACCUGGCCGUCCUCGAGCUCCGCGAGCGCAUCGUCUAUAAGAAACAUGUGGUCGCUGCCUGCCUGCCCGAACGUGACUUUGCAGAGGUCGUCCUGAUGACUGGCGAGUAUCCGGCCGUGGUCACUGGCUGGAAGGACCCCGUGGACGCCACGGAGGUCCAAGGCCCGCUCACUCUCAACCACCUGGCAUAUGAGCGUUUGCCCCAGUGUGUGGAGAGGCACCCGGGGUUGGUCACCAACAAGAUGGGCUGUACGACGGUGAGACCCAAGGGUGACUGCAUCCUGGGGCCGGGGAGUCCCAUCCUAUCUCUCCACAGGGAGGUGUUCUAUCUGACCGGGGUAGUCUCCAGACCAGCAGGGGCAGACUGUAGUCAGGGUUACAUCUACCAGAAGGUGUCCCGCUUCCUGCUCUGGCUGCAGCCCCUCAUGGACUCACGCUAAGGGGGCUCUGAAUCCCAAAUCAACCACUAGUCCCCACCCCCUAUGCAGUAGGGUAGAUCUGAGAGGAUUGGAAAGAUGUCCUUUAAGCUAUAUGGCGCCAAUUCCCGUCUGGCCUAUCAGAAGGCCAGAUGGAGCUACCACCAUAUUGCUUAUACCGGUCCAAUCAUCUCAGAUCUAUAUAAGUGCUUUGUGGCUAGGGACUAGGGGUUUGGGAUUCAGGGGUAGUGAUCAGGGGGAGGGAGGGUACAGGGAAGAGAGGGAGAGGUUGAGGGGUUUAGGAGAAUAAUUGUGAGGGUUGAUGGUAUUGGACAAAGGCUAAAAUGGAUAGGAAUUAGGGAAGACAAGACAGGGAGAACGGAGGUGACACUGUCAAGGAAAUAAAUAAAUGAAGGAUAUUGUAAUAUUGGAUAGAGGUGGAAAGGGAUAGGGGUCAUGUGGGAGGAGAAGAGGAGGGAGGGAAGACAGCUGAACAGGGAGCAUGAUGAAGGAUAUUGUAAUAUUGGAUAGAGGUGGAAAGGGAUAGGGGUCAUGUGGGAGGAGAAUAGGAGGGAGGGAAGACAGCUGAACAGGGAGCAUGAUGAAGGAUAUUGUAAUAUUGGAUAGAGGUGGA